AUGGCCAGACAAAUGGAGCUUACAAGCCUACAAGUUUCUGCUUACUUGUUAGCUAAAUUUCAUCAAUUUCCAAAUAAUACUAUUGAAACUGAUGUUGAAUCAGAUGAUGGGUUGGAUACAGAAGAACAGGUCAAUCACAACUCAACACAUAAAUCCUUUAUUAUAUCUUUUUAUAAUGGCACAUUAACUGCUAUAAACCUCUAUGUUGAUUAUCAGUUUCGGGCUUUCUAUGUUAUUGGACCAGAACAACAAGUCAUAAAUGGAUCACUAAAAAGUACUGAGAGAGUAGUUGUGCUAUAUGGUAAAGAACUGUCUAAAAAAGAUGAUGAGGCAAAUAUGGAAUGUUAUAGGUUAUGCAUUCUUAUGUUGUUUAAAUCUUGGGAAACUGUUCAUGACCUUCAAGAGACAGAGCUCAAUCAAGAACUACGAAGAAAUGCAUUAAAAGAACUGAUUCUUGCAAAAGCUUGCCAUAUAGAUCAUUGUGUCCCUGGAUAUGAUGCUAUUGAUGAACUAGACCUUUCUAAUGAUGAUAAUAAUUUAGCUAUGAAUAAUGCAUCUGAUAACACAAUUCUUCAACUUGAUUCUGAAAUAGUUAUCAGAUCUGGCUUAAAAAAUAAUAGAACUAUUGACUUUGUUAUGAACUUUUUACAAAUUUGA